AUGAAGAGCAUUUUAGCAGCACAUGCAGAGCUAUCUAUGCCAAAACAAUGUCAUGUUAGAGUGAGACCAAAGAUAAGAAUAAUUCAUGUACUAGAACCCAGAAUUAUACAGACGGAUGUUUCGAAUUUUCGGGAGAUGGUUCAGAGACUCACUGGAAAACCUACUGGUACUGAGAUGAAAAGAAAAGCACGAGUCUGGGAUUCUGAUUGGAAGAUAAUGGAGAAAGAAAGGAAAGUUUUGUAUGGUCAAAGCGCCUAUGGUAAUCAAUAUUUUGACGGGUUUCUAGAAUUGGAUGGCUUAUUUGAAGAAGAGGAGAAGAAAUUUUCUGCAUUUCCUUGA